AUGAGCAGCUCCGCAGUGUUACUGCAAUGGACGCGACCAGCUGAAUUUCUCGUCUAUCUUGUCCCAGUGGGCAAUAUUCCACCGGAUCUUUUUGCUUCAUAUACACGUUUAUUGCAGACUCAUAGUAUUCUUCCUUUUCGUAGUCUCACACGUCCUGGAGGCUACCUAAUGGAACUUUCACCAUUCCAUGGUUUAGACUGGACUGGUCCUGGUUCAAUACGUUUUCAUUUUGUAUCAACAGCUCAAGAGAUUGAAAUUUAUGAUGGAGAAGAUGCACAUGCUAGUCAUCGUGUGAUUGGUGCAUUAGGUGUCUGUCAUAGUCCAUCAUUAUCACUUCUAGGUGGAUUACGUACUGCUUAUUUGGAAUUUAAAGCCUCGGUGAAGCAUUUUCCAGGACUUUUGAUGCAAAAAUUAUUUGCUUUUGAACAUACUUUUGAGGACAUUACAUCCAGUGAAUGCAAAGGACUUGAUGAUCUCAUUAUGUUUCCAAUGCAUCAUGAAAUACAAGACAUGGAUGAAUCUACUGUGAGUCUACAUUUACAGGUUGUAAUGGAUACAUUGGCUGUUAAUAUUCUCAUGUCAUUGGAAAGUGCAAUUCGAUCAGCUACGUCUACCGUACCAUCGACUGGAUUAAUGACACUCAGUGCACCAGAUGGAGAUCUUGCUAGUAUCUUGCUAGAUGUGAACGUUGAGCCACAACAAACACAUGUUACUCACCAGUCUGAAUCUUCUCCAAUUGUACUUUCAAACGAUACAAAAGUAAAUGCAACGUUUAACGCUGUCUCAAGCCCUGCUUUUCGCUCGCUAGGAUCACCAUUCUCUUCCAUUCCGUCACCGCUGACUGCUGAUGCGGUUGAGCAGUACACAAUUGCCAUUGAAAUGUUACGCGAAGAAGAACGGCGUAGUGGGAGCACCCCGGGGGACGCCUUGUGGCUUGCCGCCGCACUGGAAGGAUAUGUAUUUUGCUUAUAUACCGAGUUGAAUGACAAGUUUUCUACCGAGCUUGUAGAAAAAGCGUCGGAAGCGGUUGCAUUUUACGCAAAGGCAGGCACAGUCGAGCUUGAGAGUUUAUUUAUUCAGAAUCUUGGGUCAUACUAUGCAAGAGUAGCUAUGGCUACGUUGACAAGCACAUCAAUGACAGGAGAAGCGAAAUUGUUGGAAAGUGUUUGGAUGAAGCGCUUACUUUGGGACGUACUGGAAAGAGGAAUGGUGCUGUUUCCCGAACUGCCACCACAGCGCCAGAUUGAGUUCUUGAUUCAAACAAGUUACAUCCUCGAGACAGUAAGCCAUCGCCGGCGUGCUGCACUCUUUCUUCACGAAGCUGCAUCUCUGUUACUGAACCGCAACGCACCUUCUGUAGACACGCAAGCAAAGGUACUACUAUCACCUACCAGUGCCACAAAAGAGCCUCAGCGGCAGAGAGACUUGGAGGCUGCUUUGAUAUUGGAACGAGUUGCGGCGGAGCUGUUGGGUAUUCAAGGUCAGAGUACCCGAAAGGGUGACGUACGAUCAUGGAAGGUCACAAUACAACACCGAAGAAAACGGGGGAAGAAGUCAUCAGGACCAGAUACAUCUAUGGUCACACAAGAUGAUGCAUGGCUGAUCAUUCGCUUUCAUCUGCUUCGGCAACUCCUGGUCAUAGCGAGAAUGCUGGGAGACGCGUUCCUCGUCGGAACAUACUGUCUGCAGCUGCUAGAAAUGCUGGUAUGGUGUGAUUCUAUUGCUGCACUGCCUAACAUUAACUCACCGCACACAUGCUCACCACCCUCUUUGGAAGAAGCGUCUACUUCACAGGCGACGUUGCAAGUGGAUCAUCUGCAGCGACCUGCUACUUUUCUUCGUGUUACCCACUUACCUGUGGACCGAAUUGCAGCAGGUCUUCACGCAAAGAGUGGUGUUUAUUUAUUUCCACCUCCAGGCAUUGAUACUAAGGUCAAACGCAACUUUCUCAAUUCCCCUUCCGCCACCAUGUCCAAUGCAGCGGCGUCUUUAUCGUCGACGCUCACCAACACACCGCGAAUUUUGGCAACACCACGGCAGCAACUUUCCGCCGCUGUGACUGCAAUAUCUACAAAGGCCUCACCAGCGUUUGCUCAGUUUUCGAAUGCAUACCAUCAGCACAAUGGGUCUAUGUCAGGCCGUCCAGGUGGUGUUGACGAUUGUACGGCUACAAACAUUGUCGAUGAAAAGGAAUUUGGUAAGUCCAGUAUGAAUGGAGACGGUGGGUACGAAAGCUCUCAGUUAGUGGAUGCUGUUGAUAACAAUCUAGAUGAAACACUGCAUUUUGAUGCAGCGACAGCACCCAACACUGUGUGGGAUUUGCGUUCGAAGACAGAGAUUGCAAAGAUUGAACGACAACUUCUUAGUAUGCUGGAGUCUGAUUGCGCUGGGCUGCGGUCUAAGGAGCAAAUGCGGCUGCCCACAUUUUUAAAAAUGGACAUACUGAAGCUGCGCUCAAGUUGUAAUUUGAAGGAUCCUUUUCUUUCCCGUGUGACAGCUCUACAGAUGUUUAGAGCGCAGUCUGCAAUUAGCCAUCAAGCAGUGAAAUCCGAAUUUUUCUAUUCUCCUUUUGAUAAGCAGAAGAUGCGUGUAUCAGAUCACCGCGGUAGGAGCGAUAGAGUAGAGGACAGUGAUGAUAUGCCUGCUAUGUAUGAAAGAGGUUUUCCGGCUUGCGAGCGUAUUGAGCUUCAAUUGACCUUGUCUAACCCAACGGGUGUUGUCGUCAAGCUCCAGGAGGUCAGGGUGUGGGUCACUUUAUUCAAGGAAGAUGAUGGAGGGAGUAAAGGAAACGGUAGCACGAAUUCAGCGACAAAAGAUGGUGACGUUGAGUGCUACCCUUGUUUUUUCGUGCUGGAACCAUACCAAAAGCACAAGUCUGUGGUGCUGAGCAUUCAACCGCUGAGAGCAGGAACCUUUCAUGUUCGCGGGUGUUUCAUCAAGGCUUUCAACAUCGAGACAUCCUUCGAACUGGAAAACCCUAUCAGCUUCUUUGUCGUGCGCGAGGUACCGAAGGUAUCGCUUUCACUUCAUGAGCACAACUCGAUGAUGCUUUCUAGUGGCGAAAAUGUUGCGAUGUCACGAGAACCGAUUGUUGCCACAACCCGACUUGCAUUGUUCAUGUCCGAGACAAGACGAUGCACGAUCUGUGUGCGUAAUACUGGCAACAGCUAUAUCACAAACUACAGGCUUGCAGUAAGCAUUCAGCAUCGACGUGCAGCAACGAAAACGUGUGUAAUUUUCAACAACUUGCCACUAGCUUCAGCUACAACUGAGGAUAAUAGUGUGGAGGUAUCACAUAGCACCACCAAUAAAAUGAAAGCUAUUGAGCCUGAAAAGGGAAUGGUCGACACAGAGUUUUUAUCGUUCAAGUAUCGCAAGGUGGUGUCGUCUUUACUACCGCUUGCAAGCGGUGAUAUCGUCAGUAUUCCGUUUGAAAUAUCACUUCGAGGAAAUUGUGAGCCAGCGGGAGACAAUAUCCAGCUUGAAUGGUGCGUUGUCUAUGCUGACGAGGCGCCUGUCAGUUCAAAUGAUAUUGGCGAUUCCGAACAGAUUCCAAUGGGGUACCGACCAAAUGGAGGCAAUCCGGGUGCGGCUUGUGAUGUUAGUCAUUUAGCUGAAGUAGUGACAACGGACCAUUUGUAUUGUAUCAUCAUGGUACACAUCGUGAAUCCUACGGAAACAUCAUUUCGAUUUCGCUUGCGUCAUGAUACUGCUAGUUUUGGUGAGGAAGAAAUUGGUCGUCAAUGCUCUCGUCGGUUUAUAGUAGAAGUUCCGCGCUUACAGUCUUCAACCUUAUGCCAAGGGCCUCCCAGCUUGGCUGAUGUGCUGAAUGAUCUGGUGAAAAUGGAGUGGGAAACGCACUUUGGUAACCGAGGAAGGCUUCUCUGUGAGGAUCACCAUGUGGGAUCAAGUGUUGACCAAAGACAAGCGAAAGUUGAGCUUUUCUUACCACCACAAACGGGGAAGGAGCAUUUCUCUUCACACAUCGAGUUUCUUCCAGUUGUCACAUCUCAGCCCAGAGCCAUUGAAGAUCAAGUAGCGCUCGGCGUAGAGAUGGAAGUCAUAAUUACUGAAGAAGGAGAGAAAGGUGUUUGCGAGAUGAGUGAACACGUGGUGGUUGUGGGACAACUGCGAGUCGAUGUCCAGUGGGACGAGAGGAUGGAUAGGAGUACAAAAUUCCACGAGAUCCAGUGUAUGUUUUUGUCGGAAGAUUUGGUGUCAUCAACCGAUACAUGUAUGCGUCCAAUCGGAAAAUGCAACCGUCAGCGAUAA